AGGAGGGGUGAAGGAGAUGGUUCUAGGAAUCUGCCUCGGCUCGGAGAGUGGGAGGCGGGGGAUCCCUUGGCCCACAGCUUCCGGACAAGGGGGGCGGUGGUGUUGCCGGACUUCGCUUUCUCCAUUCUCGCUUUCCCGGAGAGGCUGGCUGGCUGCCUAUUCUGGGACGGGUCCAGGUCUCAAAUUCUGGGACUGAGUCAGGCCGGGUUUUCCCUCUGCCUCUGGGAGCAGAGCAAACGACUCGAAUCACUGGCUUUGGCUCCGGUUCCUGAGCCGGACCGCGUUUUCUCAGUGCCCCUGCGGCAGAGCCGGUGGCAGGGGUUUCAGUGCCUUCUAAAGCCGGGAGCCUGGAGCAAAGAGGGUUCGAAUCUCGGAGAGGGAAGAGGCUGCUCCGCGGUUUGGGAACUGGGAUCCCGAAGCCUGGUCCCAGGUCUAGGACCCGACGAGCUGGCAAGGAACGAAUGCCGGCGCCAACAUGAGCCGGCCCUUUAAGUCCUGCUGAAGCUUCAUGGCCACAGCCCAGAGAGCUCCGAGAAGCAGUGACACUGCCCUCCACAUCAUGGGCAGCGUGGGUAGCCUGCUAGAGAGACAGGACUUCUCCCCCGAGGAGCUGCGGGCUGCCCUGGGUAGUGCCCGAAGUUCACGCCAGCCGGAUGGGCUCCUCCGAAAGGGUCUGAGCCAACGAGAGCUCCUCAGCUACCUUCACCUGGCGAAGAAGGACUCCAAGACCACCAAACGCUGGCCUUCGGGGGGGUCUCACCGGCAGGGGGACGAUGACCUCCACAGCAACUACUCGGGCCUCUACUACCGGGAACACCCCCGAGGGGCCGACUUCACCAAGACUUCCCUGCCUGAGCGGGGCCGCUUUGACAAGUGCCGCAUCCGCCCAUCAGUCUUCAAACCAACGGUGGGUACAGGGAAGAGCUUCUUGUCCAUGCAGAGCCUGGCGGCCCAUAAGGGUCAGAAGCUAUGGAAGAGCAACGGGAGCCUCCACACACUUGUGUGCAACCCACCUCUGAGCCCUGGGCCCCAGGCCAGCCGGGCCCGUGCCCAGCUGCUGCAGGCGCUUAGUUUGGAUGAAGGCGGCCCCGACCCAGGCCUGUCAGAUUCCUCCAGUGGUGGCAGCGGUGGUCCUGGUCCCUUCAGUGCCUCCCUGGGACACGUCAACCACCUGGGGGGCUCCCUGGACCGAGCUGCCCGAAGCCCUAAGGAGCAGGCCAUGGUGACCGCUGGUGAGAUGGGGCCGUUGGCCACUCUGAGUUGCCUGCCUGAGCCCCCGCCCCCCUACGACUUCACUUACGGUGCUCAGCUGACCCAGGACUCAGUGGCCCUGCGGCAGGGGCAGCCCGGGGUCGGGGGGCUCUCCGAGCUGAAAGGAGGGCUCAGUGAUGACGAUGGUCCCAGCCCUUUUGCACAGGAGCUGGAGGACAGGCAGCAGCUGUGGCUGGCUGAGCUGAAGCGUCUCUAUGACGAGAAGCUGCAGGAGCUGGCCCAGAAGGCUGAACGGAAUGAACGGAGCCUCCAGCUGCAGCUCUUCAUGGCUCAGCAGGAGCAGCGGAGGCUGCGAAAGGAGCUCAAUGCCCGGCAGGGGCUGACCAAGGAGCCUCCACACUCCCCGGACCGCACCAGCCCCAGCCUGGAGGAGGAGGCCAAGUGGGAGGUGGGUCAGAAGACUUCAGAAAUCUCUCUCCUGAAGCAGCAGUUGCGGGAGGCCCAAGCAGAGCUGGCUCAAAAGCUAGCAGAGAUCUUCAGCCUGAAGACAAAGCUCCGGAGCAGCCGGGCCCAGGCCGAGGCCAAGGACAGUGAGCUGGCCCGGCUCCGGGACACCCUGUGCCACCAGAGCCCCCAGGAUGGCCCUGGCCCGGGGGAUCUUCCUGAUGGGGGCUGUGAAACAGAUGAUUCCAAGAGCCAGGGACUUCGGGGGGAGGUGGGCAGUGGUGGGGCGGAGCGGCUGUGGACUGAGCUGCAACGGGAGCGCCAACAGGGCAGGGAGCAGGCCUUGCUCUUUGAGCAGGAGCGGAGGACGUGGCAGGAGGAGAAGAACAGGGUCCUUCGUUACCAGCGGGAGAUCCAGGUGAGCUACAUGGAGAUGUACCACCGCAAUCAGACUUUGGAGCAGGAGCUGCGCGAGCUGCGCGAGCUGCGGGCACCACAGGCGCCCUGGAGCCCAAGGCUUGAGUCGUCCAAGAUCUGAGUGACCCUGGAGCUGAGUAGGUGGCUGCCACAGGACCCCGCAGGGGGGAUAGUCCUUGGAAAAUGUUGGGAGGGUGCCCCCUUCUCUCCCCCAUUCCUCUGCAGGGUUCCAGGCCCUGAUGAAGCAUGGGAUGGAUAGCCCCAUGCAGGGCUAGGCCAGGCUCAGGAGGUGGGCUUCCAGUGUGGGCACUGCCCUCAUUUUGGUGCUUGGAAGCAAAAGAUCAGGGGGCUUUUCUCCCCUUUUGUCAUAUGUCCUAGUGUGUCCUGGCCAUGCCAAGCCUAACCACUCCCUGGAUUGGCUAUGUGAUCUGCAUCCCAGGCCCAGUGAAGAGGCUGGGAGGGUUAGAGUGGAGCCCCCGAUAAUACAGAGCUUAGUGGGGGGAAGGGCUGGAACGGGAGAGGGAGCCUGGAGACCAUGAGCCCCUGUGUCAUGUCCUCCCUGACCCAACAUGGUCCAGGGAGAGGAGGCUUGGACACAGGUGCCUGCCCCUCAAAGAAUAAAGCCAAGGUUUGUUUGUUUUUUUUAAAUUGGAGACUCUGGUUGCUUUAUUGAGGCCUAUUUCUGUCUAAUGUGCCCAGGAGGAGUGCAUUUGGAGAGCGUGAAAGAAACCCUUGCAAAGAUGACCCAGGUGAGGGGGGACAGAAAACCUGACCCAGCUUUAGACCCCUUUCCUAUCUGGGUUUAUUUCCUCUCUCAUAGGCCUGGAUCCAACUCCACUGGGUUAGAGGAAGAAAGGCACUCCCUCAGGCCUUGCUGGGCUUCUGGGCUGCACUGAUUGAUUGUCCCACCCUUCUGGUCUAGGUGAGGACUGAAGGUCUCUCUUUCCAUAAUCCUACCAAGACACGGGUUAAACACACACACACACACACACAACAUGACUAGGGACCUUAAGGGAGGGGACUUAGGGGGAAGAACUGAGCAAAAGGAGAUAGAAAGGACCAAUGUUUACCAAGUUUACAAAGACACAAAGGCAUGGGGUCCUUCGAUGGUAGCUGAUGUUUCUAUGGGGACCCCACUUUCCCCUCCCCACACUGGCAGGCAGUUCAGAUCCAUCCUGGGGGAUCUGGAGAACCCCAGCUUGAACUGAUAUCCAUCGGGACUCGAUUUCCACCUUCCCAGUGAGGGUGGGCUGCCCCUCUAAAGCAUCUCGAGGAUUCCCAGGCCCUGACAUUGGCCAUUAUCUUUGGGGCCUCUAGGUCUCUCCUCAGUCCGGUCGCUGAACUCUUUUGCCCAUUUAGGGUCACCUCCUUGAGAACCGGGGGAGGGGCAGGCUGCUUUCUUUUUCUCUUUGUAUUCCACAUAAUAAAUGCUUUUUCUUUCAUUAAGGUUUGCAAAGCUUUUAGAAAAAAGUCCAUUAUCUCACUUGACCGUCACAGGGCUAUUAUCCCCAUUGUACACAUGAAGAAACUGAGGCACAGGAGGCUCAAUGGCUCUACGUUCAUUUAUCUUUCCAUGAUAUAAUAGCCUCUCUGACCCUGUUUCAGUGGGAGAAGGAAUUUUGGCCCUUAUCUGGACCGGAAAGGCAUUUCCUAUAACUCAAUUGAAUUCAACCAUCAUUUAUCACCCACCUAUUGUGUGUGAGACAGCUUGUCUCAGAUAGGGUGCUGCGCUUGG